CUUCUUACUACCAACGAAAACAGAAUCCUCUCUAGAUGAAAUCUCGUCCCUCAAUUACUUUCUAUCAACUCUGUACCUCUCGUCAAAAUGAAGGUAUCCUUCGUAGCUGUGCUAGCAUUGCUCUUCUCUAGAAUCCAAGGAUGCUAUUUGAUUGCACAUUCCUCUACUGUCGGCGACUUUCCAGUUUCACACUCCGAGCCAAAAGAUCACGGCGGAGCGGUACAGCACAUUGAUUGGGCUUACAAGAACUGCGUGAUCAAGGGGACGAUUGCUGACGGGUGUGGGGUUACAGUUACCAGUGAUAUUGGUUGCGGCAAGGUUCACUUUUCCUUCAGAAAGCCUGGAAAGUAGUCUUGCUACCUUGAGGAUCCUUUGCGCUACGAAUAUGUUGCGGCUGUAAUCAGAAUAUAGCAAUUUUGGGUUCGACUCAGGUGGAUCGGGAUAUGGGCGAAGCUAUCAGUAAAG